AUGCCCCUCAUAAGGCACAGAGAAAAGGCCAUCAAGCGGGCAGUAAAACAUGAAGCAGUAAUUCGCAGAAUCGGCAGGCGUAUUCACAAACGCUUCCGUUCAUGGACUCAGCAAAGGGUGAGAAAGUUUUGGCUGCCUGCAAAGGUUUCGUUGCACAGUCCCAUGGACCUUUUGGACGGCUGGUUGCUAUCAGCCGCCGUCCAAAAAGCAGCAACCAUUAGAAAACACGAUCUUAGACUAUGGCAUAACUUUGGAAACAGGUUCCUUGAAAUAGCAAACACUCUUACUGGACAGCAACUUGGAUAUUUGUACUAUGGGUUUGGUAAGAGUAGAUUUCUGCAUGAGCCUCUUUAUAUUGGCAUGAUGAAACAUACGGAGCCCAUGCUAACAAAGUUGAAUAGUCACAGCCUAAUGUGUGUUGCAUGGGCCCUAAAUAGGCUUCAGAUUAGGAACCAGGAUUUUUUAACAAAGUAUUCAUUUGAAAUCGCAUCACGACUUGAUGACAUCAGGGUUACCGAUUUAAUAAAGAUUUGCAAUUCGUUGGCAAAAUUGGACGUUUGUUCUCCUGUAUUAAAGGAUAAAUUAUCUGAGAAAAUGGUUGAUCGAUUGGAAACCAUAUUUGCUCAAGACUUUCGUGGAGUAAUGAACCUUGUGACAAUGAUGAAUAUGUAUGACGAGAAGACCCAAGUUUAUAUCCUUUCGAGAUUUUCAAAAAUAUUCAUUUGUGCAAGGCCUCAGCACCUUCAUCAGGCGUUUACAAGUGCUGUUGGAAUCAGGGUACUCUUGCAACGGACCUGGGCACAGCUUGACAAAUCUGUCAAGGGAUUUUACACGAGGUUGAGCAUGAGAAAGAUUCAUCAGCCAUCUAGAAAACCAUCAGAUUUUCAGUGGGAUGUAUCUGACCACUUGGCCAAGAUGGGACUAUAUCAUAGGAAUACGUUUUAUUGGGGAUGCUUCUGGAUUGAUAUUGGAGAAGUUGAGGAAAAGAACAACUGCUGGUUUGUGGAUGGACCCUGCUGCUUUUAUGUUUCCUCCACCGAGUAUACCAGCAAGGUAAAACUCCAACACAGGAUUCUGGACAACUUGGGUUGGAAUAUACGCCGAGUACCCUGGUUCAAAUGGGCCAAUUUACUGAAUGACCCUGAAGGUAAAAUUGCUUAUCUAAGGAAGCUGAGAGAUUCCGAACCCCUUGGGGAGUUUUUAUCGCAGCCAGAGGUUCUUAGUCCCUCUGAGAUUAAGCUUCAGCUUAACAAGAUCAAGAAUCACUACAAGAGCCUGGAGAGCUCUCAAUAA